AUUAAAUAAUAAAUUCACGAAGUUGUUUGUUUAUUUUUCUACAUUUUAGGAAUUAUAUUUAUAGUACUUAUAAGUAGUAUGGUAGUUUAAAAACCAUUACGUAUACUGUAAUAGUAAACAAGUUCAACUAUGGAGUCUCUACUGUCAUCAGAUGAUAGUUGUGAUUCGGAAAUUAAGAACAUGAAGAAUCAAUUAUCCGGUAACGUAUCCACAAUAAAGUUUGGUUUGGAUGAAGAAAAUUUGAGUAAAGAGGAGAUGGUGGACCUCCUGAAAGCUUUAAAUAAUUCCCGAACCAGCGCUAAAGAAGAUGAGUUCUUGCGACACAAAGUGGAAGAAGAAAAUGCUUCUGAGUCUCCAAAAAGAAUGAUGAAGAGGAGAUUUAUUAAUGUAAACGACAGACGAAUGCCCUGGAGCUUGCUGCCCGGCAACAUAACUCAGGCUGAAAAAGCUCGGACAUUGGCUGUUUACAUCAAACUUAUGUCAAUAAAUAGCUACAGACAGGCUAGACAGACCCCUAAAUUUAUAAUGUGGCCACCACCAAUACAGAUUGUAGAGGAAACAAGAGUUCAACCUGUGAGGUCUACCAGAAGUGGUCGCUCUGUGCCUGUUUACUCAGGCUUUGAUGAUGACUCUAAUGAUUUAGAUUUAGUUGUCACUAAAACAAAAAAGCGAAAAGUAUCUAAUAGUGACAAUACUGAUGGCAGUGGCUCUAACAAGUGUUUAAGCCUAAAACGAAAACCAUCUAAAGAAGAAAACUCAAGGCCAGUCAAGGAAGCCAAAAUGAACCCAGAUAAUAAUAAAAUAGACUCAAUAGGUUCUCACAAUAACGUUAAAAGCAUUUUUUCUAUAAUUGAAGACUGAAUGUUGAAUGAAAAGUACUUCCACAAUAAUAUUUAGGAUGAAAGUAUGUGUGACAAGUAAUAAUUGUUUUCUUAAGCUUGUAAAUAUGUUUUAAUGUUUUAAUUUUUAUUGUUUUUUUUUGUUGUUGUUAAGGCCGUGAGCACAUGAAGCCUAUAUUGUUAAUUUUGCAACAGCUUCAAGUACUUCAGUGAAUAAUUAUGGCUAUGGUAGAUCAGUGUCAAUAGUUAAAAUAUCAUGUUUUGACUAGAAACUGAAAGAUAAAAUAAAUAAGUAAAUAGUAUUUGUGUCACAAAACCACAUCAAUUAUCUGGUCUCAAACUAUGGAAUUCUCUGAACUGUGAGUGCUAUAGCAACAAUAAUAACUCUGGGGACUAAUCGGAAUGUGCUGGCCUGGACCAAUUUGAAACAAUUUGUUGAUCUUCUUGUGUAAUGCACGCACACACUGCUAACUGCUAUGCCACCUCGCACACCUCAAUGUAGUUUGAAUUAAUUGAGGGCUUGCAACAAUCUGAAUUACUGAAUAUAAUAUACUUUUAACUUUUAUUCACUGAAAAUACAUUUAUUUACUGUUAGUAAUUUGACUAUGUUUCUGGUCGGAUCAUUGUAGGUAGUGUAAAUCCAUGUAAAUAUACAGUUGUAUCUUGUUUGAAUUUUAUAAAACAUUACAAGCAGAUUUUAUGAGAAAUAAUUAAGUUUUGUCUGUGAUUUUAAGAUAUU